AUGAAUUAUGCUAAAAACUUCCGUAGUUUACCUUGGUCAAUAUUUUUUCGUAAUUAUUUGAUAAUUAUUUUCGUUUGUCAAUCAUUUGUUAACGGAAAAAAUGAUCAAACGAAAAAAUCAAAUAAUAAUGGUGAUGAAAAACGUGUAUUUGAUGUAAAUUUUGGUACUAAUAAAAAUUAUGCUAUCGAUGAUUGCAUACCAUUAGCAUUUGGAGAUUUCAAUGCUGAUAAAAUUAUUGAUAUUUUUUGUCGAAAUACAAAAGGUGAUACAAUUCGUGUAAUGGUAAAUGAUGAUCGAUCUCCAACAUCAAAAGAAAUAUGUAAAGUGAAUAUAACAGGUGUUAUCUAUGAUGCAUUAGCAGCUGAUUUUGAUGCUGAUAGUAAACUUGAUUUAUUUGUACUUUAUAAAUUAAAACCUGAUCAAAUUGGAUACAAUGGAGGAAUAUUAUGGGGUAAUCGAGUGAAAUUAAAUGAUCUACAACCGAUUGAUUAUCUAUUCGAAAAUAUUCCCACAACACUUGAUGCAAAUGGUGAUUCUUAUGUUGAAUUAUUAGGCAUGAUUAGUAUCGAUAAAACAACAUUUAAACCAGCUUGUUUAUAUCUUAAAAAUCGUGCUGUAACAUCUAUCGAAUAUUUACCUGAUGAUAUUCAUCUUCGUACUGGUACAACACAAGCUACAGUUGAUCUCAAUAAUGAUCUUGUUGCUGAUCUAUUUUUAACAAUUACUGUUAAUAAUGCACCGAAAUUUCGUUUAUAUGAAUUACCAAUAACCAAAUUAACGUUAAUCAAAGAAUAUGAUCCUCCACCAGGCAUAGCUAUUUAUCAUUUAUCAACAUUUGCUGAUAUAGAUGCGGAUGGUGAAUUAGAACAUAUUCUUCCUGUUUGUAUGAAGGCAGAUUGUUCCGAUAGUCGAAUAUAUGUACGAGAUGAUGAUGAAUGGCAUCAACUUCCGAUUAAAUUUGGUGAUGGUGUACGAUUUCCUCUUAAAAAUGAACUUCCAUCACCACUUGAUCAAAUACCAUUGAGUAUUAAAAUCUCAGAUUAUAAUCUCGAUGGUUAUCCAGAUAUUGUUACUGUUAUGAAACAAAGUGUAUCUGGUAAUAUUGUCCCAAUAAUUCUUCAAAAUCGAGCAUGUGAAGGAGAUGCUAAUUCACCAUGUACUUACAAUCGAACAUUUACACCACAAGGAGAAGAAUCAUUUGUUUUAGCAGCAACAAAUGCAACAAUGGCUGUAUUCUUUGAUAUUUUGGAAAACGGUUAUCCGGAUUUACUUGUAUUGCAAGGAAGUAAAAACCAGAAUUUUAAACUAAUUGGUUUUCAAAAUUCUCUUGUACAAGAUGUACAUUUUAUUAAAGUGAUGGUUAUUAGUACGUUUUCAUGUGAAACAUGUUCACAUCAAAAGAAAUUGCCAUAUGGUAAUAAUCAACCUGGACAAUCGAUUAAAAUGGAAACAAUUACAAUUAUGAAUGGAAUUAAAGAUUAUUGGGUUAAAUUAGCAGCUGUUCAAAUGUCACAAUCUGGUCAGUUGACACUUGAAUUACCAUAUGUUAUAAUUGGUCUUGGUUCAACACCAAAUUUCGUUGAAAAAAUAACUGUCGGUGUUCCACCAAAUAUUGAAUCGAACAAAUUAUUUCGAACGUAUACACAAAUGAUUCCGAAUUCACAAGUUGUUGUUGUUCCAUCUCCAUUAAUGAAUCCAGAAAAAUGGCAUAGUAAACUAUUUAUAACACCUAGUCGGAUGAUUCUUCAUACAGGUAUUGCAUUAGGUGUUACAUUAAUUGUACUUGCUGGUGCACUCGCAAUAUUGCAAUAUCGUGAAAAACUUGAAGAUGAUCGUGAACGGAAAGUUCAAGCACAAGCAUUUCAUUAUGAUGCUUUAUGA